AUGACGACCAAUGGUCCGCUGUCUUUUCAGUACCCCCGUCUCACAAAAGAUAAUUAUGAGAAAUGGUGUCUACGUAUGAAAGCCAUUCUUGGCUCCCAGGAUGUGUGGGAAAUCGUAGAUAGAGGGUAUGCAAAACCUGAUAAUGAGGAAGCUCUGCCUCAAAAUGAAAAAGAUGUCUUGGCUGUUGUAAAUCAGUUGAGAAGAUAUGGGGAGGACAUAGAAGAUGUCCGUGUGGUAGAAAACAUCCUUCGCACUUUAACACCUAAAUUCGAUUUUGUGGUGUGUGCUAUUGAAGAGUCUAAAGAUUUAGACUCAAUGAUGGUGGAGCAAUUGGAGGGUUCUUUACAGGCCCAUGAAAAAAAGAUCAAGAGGAGACAAGAAGUGCCAUUGGAGCAACUUCUUAGAAUUCAGGCAUCCUUCAAGGAUUAUGGAGGUGAAAAAAGCUAUCGAGGGAAUGGAGGAGGACGAGGCCGUGGCGGUCAUGGACGAGGAAGAAGUAAUGGUAACAACUUCAACAAUGAAGUUAAAAUCCACCAAACAUUCAGAGGUCAUGCUCGUGGACAAAGAGGAGGAGAGGACGUGGCUACUACCAAGAAAAUAAUGGACAAAGAAAAAGCUAACCUUGUUGACGAUAAGAAAGAAGAAGUUGAGUCAACGUUGUUGAUGGCACUCAAGGAAGAAGACAAGGAUGAUCGCCGCUCGUGGUAUUUGGACAAUGGAGCAAGCAAUCAUAUGUGUGGAUGCAAAGAAAAGUUUGUGGAGAUCAAUAAAACGGUGAGAGGUUUCACUCCUUGUUGA